UUCGAAUAACAGAAACAAAAGAUAACACUGAAAAUUCAAUUAAUUAAAUGAAAAAAUACAAAUUAAAGAAACUCCAAUUAUAAGCAUAUCUAAAGUGUGUAUUGAUUAAAUCCAAAUCGAGUGAAAACGUGAAAAAUAAAACUAAUAGUAAUAAGAAAUAAAAAUUAUGGAACCUAGCAUCAAAUCGGAACCGUGUGAAACCUUAUAUUGUGAACAGGAAAAUGAAAAUAGUUUAAAAAUGCAUAAUCCACAAAAUUUAAAAAGAUCUUAUGAGGACAUGGUCGAUAGCAGAAACAAGCAGCAAUAUCAAAUAAAUAACUUUUAUGGAGAAGCAAAUCAUGUAACGCAUCAUAUAGACAUAGAGAAUGGAAGUUUUAAUCAGGAUUACAACAUGCCAGAGCCAAAUGCAACUGCAAAUGCAGCGGACGGUAGACCUUUAAAGAAAUAUAAGAGAUUAGAAGAAAAUGUGUUAUUUAAUCCACCGUUUUUUAAAUUGGUAGAGAAAUUUAUAUUACCCUCUCAAAAAGAAGCAAUUGCAGCUCGCUGCUACUCUUGCGGCAAAAUCGUAAAAGGCAAUCGUGGUAUUUCAUCAAAUUUUAUUAAACACAUGAAACGUGCCCAUCCAGAGGUUAAUCAAAUCUAUGAAAACUACAAAACUCAUAAAAUAAAAGUUGGACAAUUUCCCACAUUAGCACAAAUACAAGAAGCACAAAAUAUAACUUCAAAUAUUGCUUCAGGAUCAGAUAGCAAUGCUACCUAUUCAAAUGAUGAGACAAAUCAAUUUAAUGAAGUAGAUAAUCCAUUAGAAGCUGCUUCCGCCAUUUAUGAGUCUUCUGAUGAAAAUGAAGAAGAAAAAAAUUGCCUAGAAGCACAACUGCCAGUAGUAAAUAAUAAUAAACAAUGUGUUGCUCAGGAAUUGCCAGCAAAAACUUUAGAUAUAUUUCAACAAAUGAUGGAGGAAAAAUUGCAAUAUUAUGCCCAAAAAAAAGAAUAUGAUCAAUUAAAUAAUAAAAUCAAUGUAUUAAUUAAAAGCCAACCUUCAAAUAUUACUGGCAUGGACACUGCAAUAUUAGAAUUGAGAACAGAAGUGGAUAACUUAAAAAAGGAAUGUUCAGUAUUACGUGUAGCCCUACAACAGUCGCAGGCUAGUAAACGGCAGCUUCAGAACGAACUACAAACCGUGGAACGACAAUUACACGAACGUAAACUUAUUAUAAGAAAUCUAACAGUAAAAGAUUCAGAGCAACCUUUAGAAUCGGUACAAAAACUAUUAAGCAAUAUUUUGAAUCUGGAAGAUAUCAAAAUUCUCAAUUGCUGCGUAAUACCCUCUACGAAAAGCUCUGCUAACAAAGGACACAAAGAAUGUCUGUCCUUAGAAUUUGAUAGUUCUCAAACUUGUAAGGCUAUAUUACGUCAAGCGCAUAAAUUAAAAGAUACGGGUAUUUUUAUAGAAACGGAUAUAUCACCGUUUCAGCGUAAACGUAAAAAUAAAUUAAUGGUUUUGCGCAAAGAGCUUCUGAGGCGUAAGCCCGAUCUUAAAGUGUUGGUACGUGAUACCACCCUAGUGGUAGAGAGUAAGAAAUUUUAUUGGGAUGAUGUAGAAGGUUUGUGUCAUGAUGGUAAAUAUGAGGCAAUUGAGUUGAACGGUGUUGACUAUUUAAAAGAGAUAAGUGGUUUAGAUUUAAGGGAAUUCAUAAAUGUUUUACAAAAUUAUAAUAUACAAAUAAGUUAAAAAUAUUGAGUAUUUUAUUUUGCAUUUUUUUAAUAAAUAUUUAUAAAUUGAAA